GAUGGAGAAUAGGACCAAUAACUCAUGGCAUAAUUAGUUCCAUUGUUUAAAAAAAUUAGUGUACAAGUCCCUAGGCCAAAUUUUUUACCAUCAUUCAUUCAACUUUCGAAGCGAGACUCAAUUUAUUUAAAAAAUAAGCAAGUAGAACAUUAUUUUGUUCAGCUCCCCCUACCCAUCACAUUCAAUAUGUCCGGUCACGAAGGCCACGACAUGUCAAGAGGACAUGCAGGCCAUGUAAUGUCGGGAGGACAUGCAGGCCAUGUAAUGUCGGGAGGACAUGCUGGCCACGACAUGUCGGGAGGACAUGCAGGCCACGACUCGACACUCGUCAUGUCAUCGCCAUCUCCAGACGUGGACCAACGACAUGGUGGAGGGGAUCCUCAUUCCGGACACUAUGUUCUAACCAACGGUCACGGCGAUGGCCUGCUGCAGGCUGGGGUUGACGAAGUAUUGCUGUUCCCGUGGGCGGUGACCUCUUCUGCUGGGUCUCUGUUCUUCGCCUGCCUAGUGCUGCUUCUCGUGGCCGUCGCCCUCGAGUACCUCAGACUUCUUGCAUGGUGGCUGGAGGCCAAGCAUGGGUCGUGCACCAGCGGACAGCGGACAGAAUCGGACGACAUCGCUGUGUGUAACGGCCAGAAGAUGGAAGAACCCGCGGACAACUCCAGCCGCACCAUCAGCGAGUUGUUGAGCAGCAAGAACCACUCGCACUACGACGCUGUCGACGCCUCGGCGCCGCGGAGCACAAGGUCUCCUCGAAUCGACCGCAGUACGCUGACGUUGGGCGCUCUUGGUGUUUUGCACACUGUGAACUACAUCAUUGCUACGUGUUUGAUGCUCAUCACGAUGACAUUCAACAUCUACCUCAUCACCUUCAUCGGCAUCGGUGUUGCCAUCGGCAAGAUUGCCACGAUUUUCACCAAGCGUAAACUGAAAACCCGCUGCUGACUUCUCUGUGUCGCAAACUUUGGUUUAAAAUUUCGUUUUAGUUAGCAAAAUUCCCGGUGACUUGACGAAAGUACAUAAAUUAUUAAUUAAUAAUAUGGAUAAAUUCCAAGUAUAAAGCUUUUCAUCGCAUCAAUGAAGGCAAAAGUAAUACAUCAAGCCGAAGCUCAACAGUUGGCUAGGAAGUCAACUAAAUUAUAUUAUUUUUCGAGUCAAGUUUUUACAUCAAUUUAUUAAGAUUUGUGAAGAAUCCGGGUCUACUUGUGCCUAAAAAUCUACAUUGACUUUCGUUCAACUUUGCUGUAUCAUUGGUAAUAGCUUGAAAUUUUAUUUCACCCGAGUUAUCAAUAAUUCAACCCCGGGUUUAAAUAUCGUUUCAUAACCCUGAUUUCAACGGCAGCAUUAAAUAAUAUAUCCUAAUACGCAAGCUUCUGAGAAGGUGAAAUAGGUGUUUACUUCCAUUUUUACUAAUGGGAAUUAUAUCGCCGCUCGUUUAAAUUGUCAUCAAUUCCAAUUGUGUAAAAUGGAACGUAGAAAAGCAAGACAUUUUCUAAUAUUUUCAUGGCGUAUUUUAUUAUAUAUGAAUAAUUUCAUGCUGAAUUCGUAGAUGUAUUAUGCAGCAAGAAGGCAAAACGUGUUAAUGUAUUUUUAUGGAAUAUUUUAACUUCUCAUUAUCGUCAAGUUUAGAUGGAAUGAGCGUUUUUUAUUUUACCGCAUCUACCAGGCUCUCUACAUUAAUCUACGAGUAAUUCACCAGGUCAUCUUGCGGCGAACACAAUGAAUUCUUUUCUCUACCUGAGCUGUGAACGUACUCGUAUAAUCUUAACUUUAGUAUAGAUUAUAAUUAUUACCGUUUCUAUUUACUUUAUGUCAAGCGGUUCCCGUUCUUGUUGAGAUUUUUUCUUACAAAAAUUAAGUCUCUAUUUGAAUUAUCUCUGCAAAUAUCUCCUGAUAUUUGCUGAUCAAAUUUGUUCUGAAUUUUUCUUGAACAUUCCAAUAUUCUGAAAACUGUAUGGAUCUUGUGAAAGUUUUCCGCUUCGUUAUCUUUAAACGAUAUUUCAGCUAUAUUGUCAUAUAUAUCUCAUUUUCUUACACUUCCUUUCUGCUUAUAAUAGUAAGAAUCUUUAUGAAAGAAUAUGGCGGAUAUCUCUCAAGCAAAUACCAUACAAAGUGGUCACUUGGGACGCUCAUGUGUGAUAAAAAUAUUUAGAAUGCUUGGAAUCUAUAUGUAAACCUAUUUGUUUUCAUGUUUCACAAUAUAUAAACUUUUUAAUUGAA